AUGUCGUUCCAAAAGCCCGAGAAGGAUUUCGGCGAGGGCCCGAAAAUCCACAAAAUCCGCAUUACCCUCACGAGCCGCAAGGUCCAGUCCCUCGAAAAGGUGUGCACCGAACUCCUCGAGCGCGCCAAGUCCAAGAAUCUCCGCGUCAAGGGGCCCGUCCGCCUGCCCACGAAGACCCUCAAGGUGACCACCCGCAAGACGCCCUGCGGUGAGGGGUCCAAGACGUGGGACAUGUUCGAGAUGAGGAUCCACAAGCGUUUGAUCGACUUGAAUGCCCCGACCGAGGUGGUCAAGCAGAUCAUCAUUAACAUUGAGGCCGGGGUCGAGGUGGAGGUUACGAUUGCUGCUUAA